CCUCAAGCGACGCGUAAACGACUGGUGAGUUGCUGACUUGGCAAAAAACAAAACGCAACGUUUUGCAUUUCUUCCCUCUCCUCUAUUUGUAAUUCAAGCUAGGUCCCUCCCUCUCCUCAGUCCCAAAUCACGCGAGCUUGCCCUUCCCUCUCCUCAAUGAGUUUUGUCCCAACCCACUCGAGUCAGAGUUUCGUCAAUCCCAAAUCGCGCGACCAAGCCCCUUCCCUCUUCUCAAUGAGUUUCAUUUGCCUCUUGCAUUUCACCUCCCUCUCCUCAAACACCGUUUCCCUUCCCCUAUAGGUUUCCUUUUUGCCCCCCCUUGAAGUCACAUCCCUCCCGCCCCCCUUAGUUUCCAUUUCCCAUCCUUCUUUACUCAGUUUCAUGCAUUCACCUUGAAACCCUAACCCUAACCCAGCCCCUUCCGAAACCCAUCUCCUAAUCUAGUCCCUUCCCCUUCAUCCCGAAGCCCUAAACUUAAACCAGCCCCUUUCCAUUCAGUCGCCGCUUUCGUGUCUAGGUGGAAGGCAAGCAUUUCUUGAAUUUUUUUUAAAAUAUGAUUUUCAUAUUCCACCAUGUAUUGUGAUGAUCAUGCUUAUUGUGAUGUUUAGUAUUUUUGAGUUGCUUUUGAUAGUCGUUUGAGUUGUUUAUGAACUGGUCUACUAUUUUCGAGUUGUGGUCUAGUAUUUUUUAGUUGUUUAUCAUCUCAUAGUCUAUCUGAGUAAGUUUUUAUAUUUGAACAAUAAAAGUUGAAAUGCUUGUUUUAUUUAGGAUAUUCUAUAUGAAGAAAAUUGUGCUGAUUGUAGUUAACCAACCUAUCAUUUUGCUCCUUUAUGUAAUUGUGCUGGAUUUGGUGAGUAUGGAGGCACAUUUAGAUUUUUAAUAUGCUUGCUCAAGGAAAUUAAAAAAAAAAAAAAAAUCUGUGUUUAUAAUCAAUGUUUGCUUUUGUGUGGGAAGAAUCAUGAAACUAUUUUUCCUGUUAUCCUUUUUUAUGUUUGUAAUGCAUUGGAACUCCUUUUAUGUAAUUUAAUCCAUUUAUUCCUCUGGUUUGUUCAUGCUAUGAACUCGGUGUAAAUACCAUUUUUCAACAUUCUACCACCAAUUUUCAAUAUAACAAAAGUUAUAUUGUUGGGUUCCACUACGAUUUGCAGGAUCUGGUUUUCUGUGAUACUAGACCCAAAGCAAAACUUCAAAAUAAUCUAAUUUCAGUCUUGUUUGAUAGGUUUAUGUUUUAUUAGCUUAGGUGAGAUUUUGGGUAUUCAGGUGAGGUGUUAUGGUUCUUUUCUUCCUUUAAUUCUAUGAUAUUGCAAACUUUUCAUGUCGUGUAGCAUUGAUAUAUGCAAGCAUUUUGGUCUCUUCUUGAGUUUUCACUCAUUUGCAUACUUGGGGGGGGGGGGGGGGGGGGGGAGCAAAAUAAACGUCCUUGUUUGCAUAGCAUUUCAUGCAGCAAACCUGUUAUGUACUAAAUCACCUUGUGAUUCUGGUUCUUUGAUAACCUAAAUCACAUUGUAAUUUUGGUUCAUUUUAGAAUGUCAUCAUUAUUAUCUUAUUCAUUAUUUGCUAAACGUAUUAUGGGUCAACCAUUAUGCUUCUGUACGGUUGAAGCCACACUUAGAUACUCAACUAGGCCAAGAAAUCAAGGACGACCCUUCUUUGGGUGUCGAAAGUACAACAAAGAGGGAUUACCAUACUGUAAGUAUUUCAAGUGGACGGACAGUAAUGAUGACAUCGACCUAGAGCUUCAAAAAAGAAAAGAUGAUAUUUUAAUGAAUGAGAAAGAGUUUGAAAAGAUACUCGAAGUCAAUGACAUUGAGAAGAGGGAGAUUAAGAUCUGGAAGAGAGGGGAUGAGAUCGAGAAGAAGGAGCUUGAGCUCCAUAAGAGAGGGGAUGAGACUGAGGAGAGAGUGAUGGUGCUAUCCGUGCUAAAUCCUCAGGUUCUGAAGAAAGAGUUGGCGUUUCUUGAGCAACAAGCUCAAAUAACUCGUUCACACACACUACUCUGGAUGUAUUGAGCUUUUGUAUUUGUUUUUUCAUACUUUGUAUCUAAAUUUUAAAACUUACUUAGACUAGUUGUUUCAUGUAUGUUGGUGGUGUUGUUUCAUGUAUUAUAUUUUCUUUGAACAUUUUGAGAGGAAUGCCAUGACCAUUUUGGGAGUA